UACCGAGAGAAUCACUCAGCCACAUUCCGGCGGAGAGCACCGGUGCACAGGCGCAGAACAGAGCCGCACCAAAUCACCUCAAACGGGCGAGGAGUAGAAAUUGCUCCCGGUUUGUUUUUCCUGCGAUCAAUUUUUGCUGGCUUUCUUCUAUUUGAGAAGAACCCCAGGAGGAGAUUUAUGUACACUUUGUAAGCCCGCUAGCCUCAUCCCAUACCCUGCCAGCAUCGGUGCACCAUGGUGAUCAUGUCAGACAACAUCCGGGGGCCCCGGCCCAGCCCAGGGCCCCAGGGCAGGCCCCUGCAGGUGGGCUUCUAUGAGAUCAUUCGCACCCUGGGCAAAGGCAACUUUGCUGUGGUGAAACUGGCAAAGCAUAAAGUCACCAAAACCCAGGUGGCCAUAAAGAUUAUUGACAAGACCCGACUGAACCCGUCCAAUUUGGAGAAAAUCUACAGAGAAGUGCAGAUUAUGAAGUUGCUCAACCAUCCCCACAUCAUAAAACUCUAUCAGGUCAUGGAGACCAAAGAUAUGCUGUAUAUCGUGACAGAGUAUGCGAAGAACGGCGAAAUGUUUGAUCACCUGACCUCAAACGGCCGCAUGAACGAAACAGAAGCGCGGAAGAAAUUUUGGCAGAUUCUCACGGCAGUCGACUACUGUCACCGGCACCACAUCGUCCACCGUGACCUCAAAACCGAGAAUCUGCUGCUCGACGCUAACAUGAACAUCAAACUGGCCGACUUUGGAUUCGGUAACUUCUACAAUGCAGGGGAGCCCCUGUCGACAUGGUGUGGCAGCCCCCCGUACGCAGCACCUGAAGUUUUUGAAGGCAAAGAGUAUGAAGGACCUCAAUUGGACAUUUGGAGCCUCGGUGUGGUGCUCUACGUGCUGGUUUGUGGCUCCCUUCCCUUCGACGGUCCCAGCCUUCCUACGCUCAGGCAAAGGGUCACUGAGGGACGCUUCAGAAUCCCCUUCUUCAUGUCCCAAGACUGUGAAAACCUCAUCCGCAAGAUGCUGGUGGUGGACCCAGCAAAGAGGAUCAGCGUGGCCCAGAUCAAGCAGCACCGCUGGAUGCUGGCGGACCCCACGGCCGCCCACCAGACUUUGAGUCACUCUCUGACGGAUUACAACUCCAACCUUGGGGACUAUAGUGAACCUGUGCUGGGGAUCAUGAACACCCUUGGGAUCGAACGCCAAAGGACCAUCGAGUCUUUACAGAGCAGUAGCUACAAUCACUUCUCAGCCAUCUACUACCUGCUACUGGAGAGGGUCAAAGAGCAUCGCAACCAGCAGCUGAGCCGUCAGUGCGGAAGCUGGAACCAAAGGCAGAGGAGCAUCUCCGACACCACCGGAGCAGAGCAAGUCAUCCUGAAGGCAGAGAACUUGAGAACAGCAGCAUUCUCCAUUCCAACCAUUCCUCCAAUCUACUCGGAGAUGGAGUGCGAUCAAGGUGGAUUGUUCCAGCGCAUUGUCUUCCCGGUGGAGGCCAGCUUCAACAGGCUGCUGUGGAACCGCUCCAUUUCCCCUAACAGCCUGCUGGAGACUAGCAUCAGCGAGGAGGUGCGGCCCCGCGACCUGGAGGAAGAGGAGGCGGCGCAGAGCGUUAGUCCGCUGCUGCCCCCCACCACCACCUCACGCCGGCACACUCUGGCCGAGGUGUCCGCACGCUUUCACCAGUGCAACCCUCCAUGUAUCGUUGUCAGUCCCUCGGACGGUGCAUCUUCUGACAGUUGCCUGAAGUCGUCCUCCAGUCCUACCGGGCCUCUGCAGGCUCCCAUGGGUGGCAACGUGUCAACACCUCCUUCCUGCGGUGCUAAAGAGGGAGGCCUCCUGCCUGCUGGCGCCCCCCUGGCCCUCUCCUCACACCUCCUGCCCCAAAUCCAGGGCAGCCUUCCUGCAGCCAGUUUCCAGGAGGGUCGCAGGGCCUCUGACACCUCCCUGACACAAGGCCUCAAAGCUUUCCGGCAGCAGCUGAGGAAAAACACUCGCACCAAAGGGCUCCUGGGAUUGAACAAGAUCAAGGGUCUGACGAGGCCGGUGGCGUCACCUCCGUCCUCCAACCGGGGCAGCCGAGGGUCCCUGGGCCCCGCCCUAUCUGAACACCGCAGCAUGCUAGAGGAGGUGCUGCACCAACAACGGAUGCUCCAAAUCCAGCACCAGUCCCACAAAGCUCAGGUCCAGAACACUCCAUCAGGACCCACCCAGAAUCCUUUGCUGUUUCUGUCCCAGCACCAGUCACCCUCACCUCCGCCAUCUUCAGUAUUUGCUUCAUCUUCUUUAUUCGAGGCGCCAUCCCACCUUCAGAGCAAGCCACUGCCCCCUCCUCAGCCGCUGGGCCUGCCUCGUGGCCUCUGGCAGCAUGGCCUGGAGACCACCUCUUUGUCUCCCGUAGCCUCCGCUGCUUACCUCCUGGAGGCCCGUCUACACAUCAGCCCGCACCACCACCACCACCACCACCACCACACUGGCCUGCAGCAACAGCCGGCCCCUGUCCAAUAUCCCACCGCCUGGGCCAUGGCCCCGCCAUCCGGAGCUGAACCUGACAUGCAGGACCUGGUUCUGACGGGUCAGACGCAACUGAGCAACUGCGUGAUGGUCAAGUAGAGAAACAAUAGCGCAAUGAAGCAAGCUAAGCUUUUGCUAUCAUAUAAGCUAUAAGAGCAAUAACCAAACUGUGCACAAGGUUACACGAAUGCAAUAACAGACUUUUUCCAUGCUGUACAAAAACAGGAAGACACCGUCCAACACAUGACUGGAGCGAGGGCCAAAACAUUUCACUUCCUUAUGAUCCGCUCCCACUUAGUUCGCCUUUUUUUCUCUACAGAGACACAUUUCACUUAACACAGAACGGCUAAUAUGUUGGAUGAAACUGUGAUUUUUUUUUCUUCAAGAUGUUUAACCUGUGCAAAUGCUGCUUUUUUUUUUCCUUUUUUUUUUUUUUUUACCUCAAAAGACUGUGGCACGAGACAAGCACAACUACCUAGCAUCCAGGAAGUAGUCAGACCCUCGGCCUCCGCAAUACACCAUGUGCACUAAAGUAUCCAUCUACAAGAAUACUCCUUUAGUUCUCCUUUGAAUCUCAAAUAACUCAGCAGUUUUCGGGAAGGCCUCUUUCUGUUAUUUGCAGAAGCAAGCUCCAUUGAUGGAAGAACCCCAUCAAACCUCGGACACACUCCAGCUACAACGAUGGAAAAGUUAGCGAUACUAAAAUGAAGACCAACUAUUCUGCUCAAUGUUUCCACUGAUAUGGAAGUAGAGAAUUCUGAAAGAAAUUCUGCCAUCUUAAGGAAAUAUCAGUCCAUCCCGAAACUGCGGGAACAGUGCAAUAAUUCCAUGGGGAGACGGUUGGCAAAUGCAUAGGUACGUCUUAUGUUAGACUAUAUCGAAGUUUUUUUUUUUGCUACCAAAGAGCCGACUAGAAUCAGUGAUACACACUACUGAGUUGUCCACGUGUAGCAUGUUACUCAACCAAAGUGACGUUAAGCUCGGGCGGCCACCAAAUCUUAAAGCUGCUUGUCGUAAUAGCUUCGGCUGGUACUUUGACAAUCUAGCAAUAUACUGUACCCAGCAACAAUGUGUAGAAGCAAGUGAAUCAAUCUAAAAAAAAAAAAAAAUGAAAAGAACUGACAUACUUUUCAUGAAUAUGUUUUUAUUUCAACUUCCAUGUUGGAAAAACAUUGUAGUGUUGAUGCUGCGGGUUGUUUUGCACUCACUACUAACACGUGUGCCUUUUUAUCUGAACAAAUGUACAAUGUUUGAGCUCCUCUUUGACCUUGUUAUGUAAGCAAAAAAACGGGAUUGCACAUAUUUCCUAUUGCUAAAAUGGCUUCAAGUUGUAUUUGUUGUGCAAAAAGAAUGGUCCCGAGCGACUGAAACACUACGACUUGAUGCAGCGUGACCCUUUUUGAUAACAUUUUUGGAUAAUAAGAAGUAUUUCAAGUUUGUUUGUUUUCCUGAUUUGUUACUUGACUGGCCGUCUGUGCUUGUGUGUAUGAGAAUAAGGAAAGAUUGUUUAUUUAUGUGCUAUUUAUUUGAAUAAAGUUCACUUCCUAAAUGA